AUGAGUGAAUAAACCAAUCAAAACUUACCAUCUAUUUAACCACUUGAGUUAGAUUUAAAUGACACCCCUAAUCCAAAGUUCACAGAAAAUAGUACAUAAAGAAAGGAAAUUAAAUCUACAGUUUCUUAAGCAGCACUUAACUUAUACAAAUGUUGUAUAGGUUCUGGUAUUUUGGCAGCACCUUAUACUUUCUGUGAAGGAGGUUAUUUACUCACUUCUUUCUGUUACUUUUUGAUCUGUAUCCUCAUGAUCUACUCAUAAUUAGUAUCUAUGCACCUAAUUUGUAGAUGUUAUUGAGAAUUGUGGAUGAAAUCAAUUAACCCAAUUUAGGUUUCUCUGAAAUCACUCGCAUAAUCUUAGGUGAAAAUUACGUAUACUUAAACAAAUUAUUCAUAAUUGUCAUGUAAUGGGGAUGUUGUGCAUCAUAUGUUUUAUUUUUUAUGGAAUUCUUAGAAUAUGCAAUAUACCAUCAUUAAGAUGUAGUAUUUUCUCAUCAAUUAAUCUAUUUAUCAAUUGCUAUGUGCAUCAUCAUUCCAUUAGUUUUCAUUAACAACAUGACUUUAUUCACUAAAUUUAGCACAAUUGCAAAUGUAACAUUUAAUAGUAAUCAAGAGUCUUAUCGUAAUUUCUCUAAUUGCCUGUAUUGUUUACUUUAACAUUGAACUUGUCAAGGAGGUCAAUUAUAAUGAUAUUCCAGUUGCUAGAUUUAGCAAUCUCCCAUUAGUUAUAGGAGUGGCUCUUUUUUCUUUUGAGGCCAUAGGAACACUAUUGGAUGUCAGAAAAUCAAUGUAGGAACCAGUAAAAUUCCCAAAAAUAAUGACUUUGGUGUUUUCUGGUUGUACAAUGUAAUUCUGGAUUUUUGGACUUCUUGGAUCAUUAAGUUAUGGAGAUACAACAAAUGAAAUUAUAUUGUUCUCUUUGGGAGAUGGUGCUGAGGCAUUUCAAAUUCUCUAUGCUAUUGCUUUGAUAAUUACUUUGCCUUUAUAAUUAUUGCCAGCUUUUCACUUGAUUGAAAGGAUUAAAAUUGCAAAGAACUUUACUCAAGAAGGAACUAAAGGUUAUUUAUUUAGAAGAACUAUCUUAAGAUUACUUUAAGUUCUAGCCAUAGCAGGAUUAGCCAUAGGCAUUCCUUAAUUUGCUCUUUUGAUUUCUUUUAUUGGAGGAUUAUGUGGAGCUGUUCUUUAAUUUUUUUUUCCUUUAAUGUUCUAUCUCAAAUGGAAUUGGCGAUAUAAACCAUCAGAAUUGGAAGGCUAAAUUUAUGUUUGUGCAAUGACUUUAGGUUGUAUUCUAGGUUUGGUAGCAGUAGCAGAUUCUAUAUACGAAAUAGCCACUUAGUGA